GCGGUGCAAACGCUACAGAUUAAAAUGGCGGAGGCGUGUCUAGUUGUAGACGCUGUGUUGUAAUGUUUGUCAAAAUAUGUGCGUGGUGCUGGGCUUAACGGUAGUGGCCCCCGCGUAUUACUGAUUGAAAUGUGGAAACCAACCAAAAAUAAGAAGUACGGCGUCGUAAUUUGUUCAUACAACGGCAACACAAAAUGCGGCCUUCCACUGUGCAUCGGGGAGUGUGUUCACAUUCUGGAAGAAUGCUCGGGUUGGUACAGGGGUUACUCAAUGAACCAAAAGGCACGAAAGGGCAUUUUCCCAGCUUCGCACGUCAAAUUGAAAAGUUUCCGCAUCGAUAAUGAGGGGCCAUACGAAACAGUUACGCCAGUGGAAGACCAGACAGUCCACGAAGCGACUUGUGUUCUCAGAGAAUGGUACCCCAUCUGGAAGAAGCUGUACCUCGAACGUAGUGGCAGCAAGUUCUUAGCGAUUCAGAAAGUGAUGCGAGAUAUCAUGGACUGGCGCCGGCAGCUAGUUAUGGGUACUCUAACGCAGGACCAAAUGUGGGACAUAAAAGCCAAGAUAACAGCCAAAAUUGACUGGGGAAACAGGUACUUAGGGAUGGAUCUGGUUCCCAGGGUUGACUGUGAUGCUGUCAACCCAGACACGUUGAGUCCUGUCGAACUCUACCAAGUGCACUUGAAGAGUUCUGACAGCAUCGGAGGCCUCCUGGGCCGGGGAACAAUGCGUCGAAAAGAAGUUCAAAAGGCUCUGACACAUCACCUCUACCUUGCUAUGCGAGACUUCAGCUACAACAUUGGGGAGAAUAUGGAGUUGAGGUUUACUCUUUAUGAUGGCCAUUGUGGAGAGUUCAUCAGUGAAAGUUUUCUAGUCAAAGUUGCAAAAUGUGGCCAGUCCAACUUCAUGGAGAAGCUAAGCAACCAUUUUACUGUGUUUACGGACUUGGGAAACGCAGAUCUCGGAAAAGAUCUACAUCUAGUUAUACAUGUCUUCAGAAUAGGACGGAUGACAAAUGACUCUAAGAAGAGCACACCUCAGAACUACAAAAGGCCUGUUGCUUGUGGUGUGUUGGGGAUUUCUGAUAUCCUGAAACAGAAGAAUGGAAGCAUGUUGGAGGAUGAGCAGGAGCGCACCGUAAAACUAUCCACGUGCAACGAGAAUGAUUUCCAUCAACUUCAUGAUAUCAUCGUCAAGAAGAUGAACCACAAGUUUAGCCUGCUCACUGGACAAGACAGAACAGGGGUCGUGAUAACUCUCAGAAUGCUUCAUGGCAGCCUCCCAGUAUUACAACAGGAGAACCCACUCUUGUUCAAAAAUAUCACUGUCACUCGUAAACGAGGGUUUCCAGAUGUCAUAAUGCCUGGAGAUGUACGUAAUGACCUCUACUUCACGCUAGAGAAGGGAGAAUUUGAGAAAGGAGGCAAAUCCACCAGCAAGAACAUUGAGGCCGCAGUACAGCUUGUUUCUCCUGAUGGGCAGAUGCUGGAGAACUGCUUGAGCUGUGGAACAGGAGAAGAAAAUGCAGUACAGUUCAGAUCAGUUGUGCUGUACCACAACAACAGUCCACACUGGGCGGAGACCGUGAAGGUUUCGAUUCCCAUCGAGCGUUUUGAUGGUGCUCACAUCAGGAUAGAAUUCUACCACUGUUCAGCUCGUGACAAGGAUAGGAAACUGCUAGGUUUUUCCUUUGUACACCUAAUGGACGACCAGGGCACCAUUUUACGCAACGGAAGCCACGAGUUUUUUGUCUACAAGUGCGAAGACCGUUCAAAGCUACAAGACCCAGCCAGCUACCUCACCCUUCCGAGCGGGCCUAAAGAUGUUGUUCCUCCUACAACGCCUAGCGCGACUUCCCCUCCUCCGUUCAGCCCAACAGGGACGGCCAUAUUUAUUCGCAGUCCUCGGGAGUCUCUUCAAGUUACUACCCUACUUUGUUCGACAAAACUUACGCAGAAUGGUGAUCUACUUUGCUUACUGAAGUGGAAAGAGAAUCCUGACAAGAUUCACGAUACCCUAAACAAAGUCAUGAAGCUCAAUGGAGAGGAAAUUGUUAAGUUCCUGCAGGACAUCCUUGAUGCCCUAUUUUCCAUGUUCUCCACCGGCGAUGGGAAUUCGACGUUGUAUUCAGGGCUGGUUUUCAAAGCUUUGAUUCAUAUAUUUAGCCUUCUGGACAGCACAAAGUUUGAGCAUUUCAAGCCUGUCAUGGACGCGUACGUCACAGGUCACUUUGCUGCGGCCCUCGUCUACAAGGGCCUACUCAGUUGUGUCCGCCACUGUUCCGACCUCAUUCAAGAUGCGGAAGAGCAGAAUGCCAUCAAGAAUUGCUUUUCUUCGCUCGAAUACAUCUUCAAGUUCAUUGUGCAGUCAAGAUUACUUUUUGCCAGGGCAACUGGAGAUCAAAAUGAAGAGGAUUUCAAGGCUGACCUCAACGAAUUGUUUAGUUCAUUUCACAAGAUGUUGCACAUUACAAACGACGCAUCCAUCCAGCGUAUACAAGUUACACUAGUGUACAGCUUCAGCCAGAUAUACGAGCAACUACUCAAGGUGCUCCCAGUGGAAGAAGUUGGUCGCAUAGUUAAGCUCACGCUCAGUUCGCUCCCCGCCGAAGCUUCGGCUUCACUCACUCAGGCCAGGCUUCUGUGCAUACAUAACACCGUCAAAAGUGCGGUGUUCAAAGAUCGCAGUACUCGCCUGGACCUACUGGGAGUCUUUGUGGGGCACCUGCAUGACUGUUUGUCGCAUGGACAAGAGCACCGACUAUGUGCUGCUAUCCUGAGUGACAUACUGAUCUCUCUCUACCAUGCUGAAAGCACUCCGACGCAGGAGGACAAUCACAGCUCGAUUUCAACUCACAUUUAUCACGAAGUGGAAGUCCUCGUUCUAGGGCUGCUCGAGACACUUGUGUUGACUGUGAAAAAUUCUUCAAAGGAUUCAAGCUUUUCGGGCCCUCUGGUGGCGUGCCUAAUUGCACUUCUGCGACUUAUGGAGGAGCGUCACUACCUCGUGCUGUGGGACCACUUUCAUAACAACUGUGGCAGACGAUUUAGUCUCAGGGAGUUUUUGCUCCACGUAUUUGCUGUGCUGCACUACCUCGUGCAGCAUUACGCAUUCCCUCGGGACUGGAUGAUCAUGCGCAUGGUAGCAAAUCACAUUGCUCUGUGUGCCUUGCAAGAGUUCUCCCAGAUUCUCACAUUAGACUUUCUGGACAGCCAUGGUUGCGAUAAAGAGUUGUGGAGCAAUUAUUUCACCCUUGCCGUGGCAUUCCUGACUCAACCAUCGCUGCAGUUGGAAAAUUUUUCUGAGGCCAAAAGACUAAGGAUUCUGGAAAAAUAUGGAGAUAUGAGAGUCCUGAUGGGUUUCCAAAUUCUGGCAAUGUGGAACAAACUUGGUGACAGCAAAGUGCACUUUCUGCCCGAAAUGGUCGGUCCCUUCUUGGAGGUGACGCUCGUUCCCGAAACAGAGCUACGGAAGGCAACGCUGCCGAUAUUCUUUGACAUGAUGGACACAGAGCAGAGAUUCCACAACAAUUUCAAGCAGGUGGAAUCAGAAUUAAUUUACAAGUUGGACAUCCUUGUGAGUGAAAACAAAGGUGAUGAUGAGUACAGACAGCUGUUCAACACCAUGGAGCACUUGCAAGAAGUCCUUCUCGAUAGAGUCAAGUCUAACGACCCAGUCUGGAAAGAAAAUGGAAUUGCAUUUAUAAACUCCAUUACUCGACUUCUGGAACGACUUCUGGAUUACAGGAACGUACUCGAAGGUGUCGAAAAUCGUGACAAGCGAAUGAGCUGCACCGUCAACCUCCUCAGCUUCUACCGGAACGAGAUCAAUCGAAACGAGAUGUACAUUCGUUACAUCUACAAGCUCUGCGACCUGCACCUUCCAGCGGAGAACUACACGGAAGCGGCGUUCACGCUCAAGCUGCACUCUGACCUGCUGUCUUGGUCUGACAACAUGCUACGAGCAGACGAGCAUUACCGAGAGCAGCCGGAGUGGCAGCGUAGAGAGGCACUUUAUUCGCGCAUCAUAGAUUACUUUGACAAGGGCAAGUGUUGGGAGAAAGGCAUUCCGCUGUGUAAGGAACUAGCGGAGCUCUACGAAAAGAAAGUGUUCAACUACGAGAAGCUCAGCUCUAUACUGAAAACCCAGGCCCAGUUCUUUGACAACAUCCUUAAUCAACUGAGACCAGAGCCCGAAUAUUUCCGUGUGGGAUUCUAUGGCAUUGGUUUUCCCCUUUUUCUCAGGAAUAAAGUGUUUGUGUACAGAGGCCUAGAAUAUGAGAAGAUAAUAGCCUUCACCCAGCGUAUGCAGACACAGUUCCCACAAGCACAAAUUCUCAUGAAGAACGUGCCCCCGGACGAGAGCAUCCUCAAUUCUGAUGGACAAUAUAUACAAAUCUGCAGUGCAAAGCCCAUUCCAGAGUCGAGACCAGAAUUUGAAGGCCAGAACAUUCCAGACAAGAUUUUGAACUACUACCUCGUAAACGACGUCAGCAUUUUCCAGUUCGACCGGCCCAUCCACAAGGAACCCGUCGACAAGGAUAACGAGUUUAAGAGCCUGUGGAUAGAGCGCACAGUCCUCUACACAGACGGUUGCCUACCCAGCAUUUUACGUUGGCUAGAAGUGACCCACCAAAGAGUGGAAGAGAUUCCACCCAUAGUACACGCCUGUGAGAGUAUCGAAGCCAUGAAUAAAGAACUGUGCCGUCUUAUUGCUCAGUACACCUCGGACCCGAAGCGACCAAUCAGCCCCCUCAGCAUGAGGCUGACGGGGGUCAUCGAAGCGGCGGUCAACGGUGGCAUUGCAAAGUACCAGGAAGCCUUCUUCACGAGCCGCUACGCUCAGGAACACCCUGAGCAUGCCUCCAACAUUGCGAGGCUCCAGGGACUGAUUCUGAACAAGGUGCACAUUCUGGAAGGUGGACUUUCCAUCCACGGGCGAUUGGCCCCACAGGAUGUUCUCCCCCUGCAGCGCCGUCUAGUGGAUCGCUUUGUGCUCAUGAAGCAGUCAAUCAGGGAAGCUGCAUCUCCAAACAUGGCUCCCCGCAUCGCGUCUGAUGUUUCAAGCGCUUCUGACCUUCGUCGACCCUCAAUCAUAAAUACCCCAUUGCCACCUGUGCCUGGAGAAAAAAAGCCCCCGUCGGAGCCAUGCAGUAACAGGUCAUCUUCAUCUGGUUCGAGCCUCUACGGCCACCUCCUCCCCGAAUGCUCAGACGAUGAAGGCAUCUACAGCCGCCCAAAGGAUGAUCAACAAAAUGGACCAAGCCCUGGCGAUCGUCCACCGUUACACUGUGCCAGGGCGCUUCCCUUCACACAUCCAGCUGCAGCAUCGCCUCCUCCAUUGCCGACGCGCCCACGCUCAGUAAAUUUAACAUCUGAUCAAAGGACGAGCAGCGGAGAACAUCAGUGCCACAUGAGUCAUCGUUUCCAGACACAUUGUCGAGACCACUCCGAUGGCUCAGGCUGCUCCAUGUAUGCCUCCUAUGCCUACCCAUCUCCAGCACCUGUAGCCGUGUCACAUAUAGCCACAACUCCCGUCGCCACGGUGGUUCGGAGUAACACCUGCAGCCCAAAGAUGCCGACAAGAAGACCGCAUCACCUGAGCGAGUCCUCCGCUACGGAUGAAAAUCAUGUACCGCUCGGGUCGUGGAGCAAUCAAAACGGAAAUGAAAAGGCACCACCCUUGCCUCCUAGAGCAAGCGAAAGGAGAGCAACGGUAGCAGACACCAGAGGUUUGGACGAUGCAAGGCCUGCGUUACCACAUCGAAUUGCUAGGAAGGCGUCUUCUCCUACAAUGAUGGCGACUUCAACUCUGGUUGCAUGCCCGACGGGAGAACAGUUCUGUGAAGCAAUCACAGUGCUCGACUCUUGCACGCCCACGUGUAACCCCGACCUUACGCUAAACUUUGAACCGCCGCCCCCACUGCCUUGCAAGCGCACGGCUUCGAUAAAGGGCUCGGACAGCAUUCCGGGUACGCCGACUCACGCAGCCCCCCCUGGUGGGUCUGCUGACACGGCGCCCCUGGUGGUCAACAUUGACCUCUAGACUGGGAAAUUAUACUUCAAACGUUCCACGGUGCGACGUCCGCGUCGACGCUUCCAUCUACACUGUGUGUGAUGGAACACGUAGCGCAAAAUUCUUUUUUAUACGUACGUAGCCAAACGGUGACAUUUUUAUCGAUUGUACAUACGGGGAAAGUGUAUAGCUGUAUAUGGCUACCUGUAAUCCUGCAUAUCAUCAGUACAAGACGGUGAGCACCUUACACUGUUCUGCCAUAUCAUCGUAAUGUCACGGGACAUGGUCAGUUAAUCAAUGUGGUUCUCGCUGUUGUCACAAUAAUCAGACAUGGUAUCAAUCGAUACAGUGUGGCAAAAAUUGCAUUUCAAACUUAUUCGCUGUAUAGCAUGUGCCAAGGAGUGUACCUUUGUAAUGAUGAUUGUUGAGCAACCAGUAAUGCGAUUUGAAUUGCAUCAAAUUUACUUGCUCGGUAACUAAAAGUAAUGUGUUACCUUUCAUGAGUACUACUUGACGCGUGAUCCACAUUGCAGCUUAAUAUUGAGUGUGAGAGACACUAAUUUCCUGUGGUGUUCAAUGCAAUGUGCAAAUCUCCAGUGAGCUGUACAUGGCAACUUCUAGUGUAGCUAAAGAAAAUGGGCUGUUUGAAUGAUCUCAAGUGCAAGUGCAAGACAUGCUACAACCAUUUAUACAUUCAGGGAAAUUGUGGAAUAUUUAGAACUACGCUACUUAUUUUCAGUAAUAUUUCUGCUCGAUUUCUUUAUCCAGGUGCUCAGUGCUGCUAUGUAGAAAGUUUUAAAGUGAUGCAUGGCAUAUUUUGAACGGAUAAAGGUGAUAAGAGUCUAUAACCUACGGAAAUUGAGUGUCCCCAACCUGCCAUUCCACCAUUCUCCUAUUCCAAAACUGGGGAGGAAAAUAUACAUUUUCUGGCACAGGCACAUCCAUAAUGUACAUUUCCGUGCCACACUUCUGGUUCCAGUGCAGUGCUACACUCUUGUGACAUAUUUCUCUUGAGUCUCUUAUUUGGGGAAAUUUAGAUUCUGUAAAGUUUGCUGGAUCUUAACUUUUAAACUACUUGCUGAGCAAAAAUAUAGAUCUGCUGGGCAGUAACAGCAUCACAUAUGAAUGCUGUAAAAUUGCUGUCCGAAGCGGAACAGGAUGAAAACAACCAGUGCUGAAGCAGUUGAAAACAGGAAGGGUAAACAAGCUAGAAUCUGAAUUACUUUGCUUCAUGGAAUCUGAGAGCAUGCGACAACAUCUUGCUACUCUGUAAUUCAUGCAGUUCUUGCUUCUGCUUAUGUCUUUGUUACUGUAUCUUGUUGUAUACAAGAAGUCAUAGUGAAACGUGCACAUUAGGUUGUGAGCGAAUGUGCGCUUAUUUAUUUUAUUUACAAGGGAUAGUACAUUGUGAACUUAAGGAAAAAAACACGUGCAAGAACUCUUUUUGCCCACAACGCCGUGACAAUGUGGUCUCACCUAUCGUAGAGCGUUCGUUGUUCACAAGGCGCAGUUUCAGCGUGGGCACUCACACGCUUGAGUACCUUAUUCUAAAGCUGCCUAAUUUCUUACAUUCUUCCGAUGAACGAGGAAAACAGAUAUAGUACCUUACACGUUGCGACAUCACAGAGUCCAAAUUGUGUGGCACUAAUAUUUCCAUGUGUAUGCAAGAAGUGGCAGCAUCAUUUUAUAUGAUGCCCAGCCUGUCAGUUUAUUCUAUAUACAUUUGUUCAGGUGGAACUCAGGCAGUCAAAAAUGAGAAAAUCAAUAUUGGAAGUGGCAGCCCCACAUUAUAAUUAUUUUCCAACAUGUACACCACACAUCCGGGAUGGGACAACAGGGGAUGAAACCAUGCAUAUAGUGAUAAACGUUAAGGUGCAGAAGUUUCCAUGACAUACCUAUAUUCAUCUUACGAGAUAGAGCUAAUAUAUUUUUACAACUGAUUUGUCUGCUGCUAUAUUAAUUUCCCUUGACCUGAAAGGAAAACCUUAGAGUGCAGCUUGAUGUUUGGCAGCAUGUGAAGCGACAUUUGAGUAGCUAUAAGUCAUUUACUUAUUCAGCUAUUCAGACCAUUUCUGCUGUACUAAGGUGACCGAAACUGACGCUAAGUUUGUAAGGCAUUGUUGUGGCAUAAAUCAUGUGCUCAGUAAUGCUGAGGUGACAAGUUGCACAUUAUAAAAUAUAUGCAACCCCUUGUUUCAAUACUGUGCGAAAGGCAACUGAAAUACUACCAUCAGGCUGUAGAUGGCAUAAUAGAUAUGUUACGUCAUGGUUUAUUUACGACUUCCAAAAAUCGUGUAGUAGUUUUGUAGCUAUGAUUUAUAUUGCUUCUUCCGAUUGUAGCUCCUUCCACUUUUAUAUUUAUCAUUAUACUCUGAGCUAAAUGGAAUCUGUGGGUGCCCACCAGUUCUUCACAUAUGUAAAUGUUUGUAUUAUAUGUGCAUCUUCAGUGUUAUUGCAAUAAUGUGUACAGAUAGAAGUUUCAUAUACAUAUAUUAUAGUAAAGAGGGUGUCUGUCAUUUGUCAUAAGUUUUAUUUUAUAGCUAUAUAAAGCAUUUACAUUAGUCAUAUAUUUGUAGGUGAAUGUAAAAAUAUGUGAGGAAGGGCACAUUCUAGUCACCUGAGGAUCCUUUAUCAUGUGACUAUUAUAGUCUCGUACGAAUUGUGCAGGCAGCGUAACGUGUAUAUGAAGUGUCCGUGUUCCAGAUAACUUUCGAAACUGUGAACGAUCAUGAUCCAUCUCAUGUUUUAUAUUACAUUUUUAUAUUACCAUUACUAAGUUCAUGGGGCAAUAUAUGUCCUAUUUUUGUAUACUUUGUAUACCUAUCGCGUGAAUUGGAAUAGUCACUUCAGCGUAGCCAGGAGGAAAGGAAAUGUUCUCUGCCCUUUUGAGUGCACCAGCCAUGUGCAGUAGUGAACAUGUUCGUGUUGUAGAAUAUGACGACACAUAAUAGCAUCCAUGUGACGGGAUAUGAUUUCAGCAACAUUCCUCUGGUGAAUAUUCCCUCUGCAGGGUAUUACACAGUUGCAGCUGGAAUUGACGUCAUGUUGCUUUAGCUUGUUUCUGGUCAUUCUGUCAUCGUUUAGAUUGUGAUCUUGAUGUAGGCAUGGACAUGCUUACGGACUUAUAAAUCUCAUGUGAAACAUAUGAUUGUACUCUUUUUGAGAGAUGCAGUAAUAAAAUGUUUAAAUCUC